AUGAAUCACUCUCACCGAGCCGUCUCCUCGCCAGGAAGGCUUUCUAUGCCUAGCCCCGCUGCUCCCCUCGCCCUUUCAGAUUUCAUACUUCAACGGCCACUUUCGCCAUACUCCUUUGCCUACGACGGACAAGCGGCCGCGAGUCCAGACGAUACAUUGGCCGAAGGCGAACAACAAUCGUCACAACCCCAGUUACUAGGCGAAACCAGUAGAACAAGAUCGGCAGCAACAGUACCGAUGGCCAAGCUAGGAAGUGACAGUCCGGCCAAGUAUCCGGGACUUUCAACUGUCUCAAUCGGUGCCCCAAGUCCGGACCAAGAAGCUGCAAGGAAGGAAGAAGGGACACUGGAAUCUCUAUCAACGGCGACGCCCUUGGAAUCUCCGCCACCUGUAACGGCCCAGAACUGGCUGGCGACUCGUCAACAAAUCAUACCCGGGCGCAAUGUCAAAAAGGCCGACUGGAUCCGGGGAUGGAGCGAGUCUGUCGUUAACCUUGGAAACACGACAUAUUGCUGCUGCUCAGAACACUUGCUGGUCAGGGGCCGCGGAUGGAAGGGUAAAGGAGGUGACCUUUCAAGCGGUGUACGAGCCAUUUUGCCUGUUACCAGAUCCUUCUCUGGCGGCCUUGACACCACAGCGAACACGUGUCGCAACUGUCACCGCCCAGCAUCGCCGACCCCCGCCACAGGAGAUUUUGGCCCGCUUAACGUCGAAGAGCCAGAGGAGAAGGUCAGACAGAGCACGCGAGCAGAGUUUACACGACGACUCAGCGGCCUACUUCGCCGGGUCAUACCCAGUCGAAGCGAUAGCGAUCGCCAAGCAUCACCCAAGUCGCAGAAGCAUUCGGAUAGAAACUCGAACGCCAGAUCGACACCCGUGAGCGGCGCUUACGGUAACAGACAGCAAAGACCCGCGGCACCUCAGUCCAAGCCGUCUCGUCUGUCCGGUUUCAGUGCCAUAAUGUCGAAGGAGACCCCUCACCCACAUAGUCAACCGAAGAUGCAGACAAAUUCGUGGCCAACGACUCCGAGGCAGCCGGCUGUCUUGAAUGGCACGCGCGCUGGGCAUAACCAACUGCAGUCAGAGUCAGACGAUGACUCGAGCGAUUCCGAUGACCCCCGCGGCAAGAUCGGAUUGAAAGUCAGCUAUGCUCGUCUGCAGCGGGCAGCUAAGCUUUUGGAGCGCAAUAAGUCAUGA